CACAAAGACACGAUCACCAACACAAACCAUAACACAGAAUCCGACACCAUAAACUUGUAGUUCAAAUAAUCCCAGACCCAACACAUCAUCACCGUCUAGAUUUCUCCUCUGUUGAGUCUGUUCUGUUUUUUCUGUGGGUUCCUUUAUGGGAUAUACUAAAACCCACAGAAAACCAUGACCAAGUCCAAGAAUUUGCUCAACAAUCUCCUCAAAACAUUGGGGUUCAACUCGAACAAAGAGGGAAACACUGAAGAGGACUUACAGAAAAUUGCCCAACAGGAACAGAAGGUGUUCCCUUUUGAGAUUUUGGUGGCUGCUACUAAGGAUUUUCACCCCCACAAUAAGCUCGGACAAGGCGGCUUUGGGCCGGUUUACAAGGGGAGAUUGGCUGAUGGUAGAGACAUUGCAGUUAAAAAGCUGUCACAAACCUCAAGUCAAGGAAAGAAAGAGUUCAUGAAUGAGGCCAAGUUGCUGGCUCGGGUGCAACACCGUAAUGUUGUGAAUUUAUUGGGCUAUUGUGCUCAUGGGGCAGAGAAGCUGCUUGUAUAUGAAUACAUCGUUAAUGAGAGCCUUGACAAGCUUCUCUUCAAACCGGAGAGACGUCAGGAGCUUGACUGGAAGCGGAGGUACGAAAUAAUAUGUGGUGUUGCAAAGGGUUUGCUUUAUCUUCAUGAAGACUCGCACAAUCGUAUCAUACACAGAGACAUCAAGGCCAGCAACAUUCUGCUUGAUGACAAAUGGGUUCCCAAGAUUGCUGAUUUUGGCAUGGCUCGUCUAUUUCCUGAAGAUCAAACUCAUGUCAAUACGCGUGUAGCUGGGACAAAUGGGUAUAUGGCUCCAGAGUAUGUCAUGCAUGGAUAUUUAUCUGAGAAGGCGGAUGUAUUUAGCUUUGGCGUGUUGGUUUUGGAGCUUAUCAGCGGCCAAAGGAAUUCGUCAUUCAACUUAAAUGUGGAUGCGCAGAGCCUCCUUGAUUGGGCAUACAAGCUGUACAAGAAGGGGAGACGAUUGGAGAUAAUGGACCCGAUCUUAGCAUCAUCUGCAGAUGCUGAUCAAGCAGCAAUUUGUAUCCAGAUAGCGUUAUUAUGCGUACAAGGUGAACCCCAGAUCAGACCGGCAAUGCAUCGCGUGGUCGUGAUCUUAUCAAAGAAACCGAACAACCUUGAAGAGCCAACUAGACCUGGAAUACCAGGAUCGAGAUACAGAAGAUCUCGCAGGCCAGUUGGAUUAUCUUCCACUGCUGGGACUUCUGGUGAAUCAAAUUCUCAUUCAUCCGGAUCAAGCUUUACUGCAACUGGAACCAGUUCAGCAACCCAUGUGGUUCAGUACCGGGGGGCCAGCUCGGCAACCCAAGUAGCAGAAGACCGGGGAACCAGUUCGGCAAGCCAAGUAGCAGAAGACCAGAGAACCAGUUUGACAAAUCGAGUAGUACAAGACCGAGGGAAACGUCCUAUGGAGAGUUAGGUAUAAUAAAAUAGGAGGUUUUGUGUACCUUUUGCAUUGUAGAAAGGUGUGACUGGUGAAAAAAUAGUAUGUAAAAAAGUUUAAAUGUGAAUAUAAUUACAGAGAAGCAACACAUUCAAGAAGAAACUGAACAUAACCAAAGCCAUAUAGCA